GGUAGAAGCAACCGUAGAGGCGGGGCCAGUUUUGCUUAGCACCCAGAGCGAGCGAGAGAGAGCGCAGUCACGCGGCGCCGGGUAGACUGGUAAAGGCAGGAACGCAAGAAGCCAGGACCAGAGGAAAGUAGUACAAGCUACAAAGCGAUGGAUUUUGGGACUGAGUUGAAGGGAUGUGUCUGCCGGAUCAACAACUGUGCCAUCGAACUCUUCUCCAUGGAGGAGGAUUUGGAGAUUGAAGAUGAAGACUCAUGGGACCUGGUUGGGAGGGACCUCCGGCUGAAAGCCACCUUCCUGUAUAUUGACCUCAGCCGUGUGAUCUCCUCCUGUGAGAGCGAUGAGUACAAGAAGAUGCUUACCGAUCUGGCCAACAAGUUCUUCUACUUCAUGGAUGAGUUGGGCAAUGCGGUGAAGGACAGAAGCGCCCCUCUGGUGCAGGUGUGCUACAGCGACACAACUCAUGCUCUCCGCGAGGUGGUGGCCGCCCUUGUGCCGUCCCAUUAGUCUGGCUCUGUCAUUCAUGCUGGGAAAGCUGGAGCUUCGGAUUUCUUGGAAGCAAGAAAUUCCCCAAGAACCUGUACAAAGAGAAUAGGCCAACAUGAGGGAAACAAGGCCUCCCGGGUGGCCUGUGUAAUGUACAUAUCGUUAAACGGCUUUGAUGUCGAAGCAAACUGAAUGAUUAGUGUCUGGUUUGCCCCAUGAUUAAGAUGUUCCUGUCAAGUUUAAAUUUUCA